AGAUUUGUCUUCAGACCUCAAAGGGAAAAUAUCAAGCAGGGAAAGGGGGAGAGAGAGAGAGAGAGAGGAGAAGGAAGAAGGGCAAGUUUGAGAGAGGGAGAGAGAGAGAGGAAAGGGAAAGAUGGCUAGUGAAUUCAAAAAGAAAAUAUUCUGGAGGGCAGUAGUGGCUGAGUUCCUUGCCAUGAGCCUCUUUAUUUUUAUCAGUAUUGGCUCAGCGCUGGGCUUUAGCUUCCCAGUGGUGGGCAACAAGACAUCCACCAAGUCUCAAGACAACGUGAAGGUCUCUCUGGCUUUUGGACUCUCCAUCGCGACCAUGGCGCAGAGCGUGGGCCACAUCAGUGGUGCCCACUUGAACCCUGCUGUGACCCUGGGCCUGCUGCUGAGCUGCCAGAUCAGCAUCUUCAAGGCGCUCAUGUACAUCAUCGCGCAGUGCCUGGGGGCGGUGGUGGCCACUGCCAUCCUCUCAGGAGUCACCUCGUCGCUCCCCAACAACCUCCUGGGGCUCAACGCGCUUUCAGAUGGAAUCAAUGCAGGCCAAGGAUUAGGUAUUGAAAUCAUUGCUACCCUCCAGCUGGUGUUGUGUGUCCUCGCCACCACAGAUCGGAGAAGGAAUGAUGUCUCGGGAUCAGCACCACUGGCCAUUGGACUCUCUGUUGCCUUGGGACACCUUCUUGCUAUUGAUUAUACUGGCUGUGGAAUUAACCCAGCGAGAUCAUUUGGUUCAGCGCUGAUUGCAAACAAUUUUGAAAAUCAUUGGAUCUUCUGGGUUGGCCCAAUUAUUGGAGGAGCAAGUGCUGCCCUCAUUUACGACUUCAUCCUGGCUCCCAGAAGCAGCGACCUGACUGACCGUGUGAAGGUGUGGACCAGCGGCCAAGUCGAGGAGUAUGAUCUGGAAGGAGACGAUAUGAACUCCAGAGUUGAAAUGAAGCCAAAAUAAAGAAGGACAAAGCGGGGAGAAAAAAAAAGCACAUUGAUUUCUGAUGAUUUUAUCAGUGUUAUAGACUCCGUGUAAACCAGCAAGCAGUACUUUUUUU